AUGGCUGACUCCAACCCCGCAAACUUCGCGAACCUCCCCAAGGACGAGCUCCGCGAGAUCGCAGCCAAGGGUGGCCACGCCUCUCACGGCUCCAACAGCCAGGCCGAGGACCACCCCGAUCGCAACCCUGAUGGCACCUUCACCAAGGGCUCCGAGCUUGCAAAGGAGCUCGGCGCCAAGGGCGGCCAUGUAGCCCACGAGCACGCUGUUGAGAAGGAAGCUCGCAACCCCGACGGCACGUUCAAGGCGGGUAGCAAGCUGGCACAGGAGCUGGGCGAGAAGGGUGGACAUGCUGCCCACGAGAAGUAA